AAAGAUGAAUAUUUCCCUGCAGGGCGACUCCUUGUCGUUCUUUUGUGUCCUACGAAAUGGAUGCAGGAAAGAAGAAGCUCCCAGUUUGCUGUCCUGUGUUGAACAUAUAAGAGAACACCUCAACCUGUCCAACAAUCUGAAAUGGGUGGACGAGGACUACUGCUUGCGAGUGGAUGUUGAGAGCUUAGCAAAAACGAGUGUGUUCAUCUUUGAAGAGUUUUCCGGGAGAGCAUUUGAACAUCUAACCUCAAACUCGAAAGCGCUCAUCAUUGGACCGCCCUGCUUGAAAUACAGCCUCGUCCAGAACACCAUCAUUCCUUUGAGCGCAACUCCCGUGUUCACUGUUGCAAUGAAGAACCUCGUUGUGAGUUUGUCCGGCAUUUCUGUCGCUGAGAAGGCAGAAAUUAAGAAGCUGGUUCACUGGAUGGGCGGUUGCUACUCCAACAAUCUGGACGCGAGUUGUACACACCUGGUGACCGACACGGUGAAGUCGAAGAAAUACGAAAUUGCAGGCACUCGAGGAUUAGAGAUCUUCCGGCCAGAGUGGGUAAAGGACAUUUGGGAUAAGAAUCAGGAGAGAGCGAUCCUUGCCGAGGAGCCAAUCUUUAACAGACAUCGCUUGCCCGUGUUUCACAAGUUGGUUGUUACGUCGACCAACUUGAGCAAUACUGAGAAGGAGAAUAUAAAGAGACUGAUUGAAGAGAAUGGCGGCACAUAUUCCAGAACCUUCAAGAGCCAGAUUGUGAACAUUUUAAUUCUUAACGAGGAUGGUACGCACUCGGAAAAGUACAAAUUGUCAGGGAAGCUCAAAAUCGAGUGCCUAAAGCCACAAUGGGUUUACGACAGCACCGCCAAGAAGUACGCCGUCUGCAUGGAGAAUUACCGGGUGAUUGCUUCUGUGAAACACUCAACUCCCACCAAGGACUUAGGAAAUCGGGCCCAUUUCUCGAUGAUGUCAAACAUAUCACAGAUAUCCUCAGUAACGACAGCAGACAAGGAAAUUGAUGAAACUCAGCAUGGUGUGACUCCCAGGGCGUCGUGCUCCAAGACGCGCGAUGAAGAUGUGACGCUAAAGGGAUGGAAUCACACUCGAUUCACUACUAAGUUGGAUACACCUAAUCAGGAGGACACCUUCAACUAUCGCGAUAAGCUGAAGAAUCUUCAGUUGAAAGUGAUGAAAGCGAGUGGCACUUUUCUCGAUGGCCUCCAAAUUUACUUACUCGGCUUCACAGCAGCAGAAAGCAUGAAGUUGAAGAAGAUAAUCAUCCAAGCUGGAGCUACAUUGUACACUGAACUCUCGGACAACAUUAGCCAUGUCAUAUGUGGCGAAGCAACUGAGAAUGAGAUCAAAAGACUUGGAAUGGCGAAGAUACAGUGCAAAAUCGUGACACUCGAUUGGUUACUGGAGAGUCACCGAUUGAAACAUCCCGCCGAGGAGGAGAAGUACAUGAUGCUCGUGAAGAGAGUGCCUCCGGAAUCCGAACAGCCAUCACCGGCAAGUAAGAAGAGCAUCGAGGCGAUGAAUGCCAGUUUCAAGCGUCCCGCAGUCCCUCGUCGCAUAUUGGACCUGGGCGAAGGCCCAUCUAAAGUGAUCCAGAAGUACCUGCCGACAGCUGAGACCACAAACAGUAGUUUAACGUCUGUGUCACAACAUAACAACAAUGCCACUAACGAGACAUACAACUCCAAUGUUGAUCCUCAAGAUGUAGAAAUGUUGACAUUCUUGGAAGACACGACAUUCUAUCUAUACGGAUAUGAAGACGAAAAUCCCCAGGCCGUGAAGGAUGUGGAGAAUGCACUGGGGAUUGUGGUGGAUGCUACAUUCAAAGGGACGGUGGACUACAUUCUUGUGCCUGUGGAGGCCUUGGAGAAGAUCGAUCCUCCGGUGAAGGGGACAAACAUUGUCAAUGAUCUUUGGCUGGAGGACAGUAUCAGCAACAGAAACUGUGUGCAUAUCAUGUUCUACCAUGAACCGAUACUGUCUACUGGACUGAAGGAUUUACUCCUGGGAAUUCACAUCACUUUCAGCAACUUCACAGGGAGCAUUAAGCUCUACAUGGCAGCUCUGGCGGCCGCAAUGGGUGCCAAGAUUCUUGAUCACUAUCCCAAAAAGGUGAAUUCGCUGCUGAUAUGUGCCAAAACAGAGGGAUCAAAGUACGCUGCGGCUCUCAAGUGGAAAUUUCCUGUGGUCACUGACGAUUGGCUCUUCGAUACCUACAGUGAGAAGAGGGUGAAGAAGAUAGGAAACUACCUUCUCGGCAAGUCGACUGUCCCUGAGGGUGUUGAGCCUUAUCAGAGACUCAAUCGGGAGGAAGAAGCAGAAAUUUUGAGUGUUCAGGAAAAUGUGGAUCCUGUGGAAAAUGACGCAUUCCUCGGUGAUCUCACCACUGAAGGUGAUGGCUAUAUUAGCAGGGCAACAAAGAGGAAAUCAGAUGAGUUGGACUGCGAUAAUUAUUCUCCACUCCGUACAAAAUUUGCUGUGCACACGAACAAACUUGUGGAGUCACCAAUUAGGCACAAGAGAUUGGCUCUCCUAGCGCAAGAAACACCAACAAACAAGAAGACAUCGAAUACGCCAAUCACUUCUCAAGUAAAUAAUACGUAUUCGGAUUUUGACACGCCCGUGAGGGGAACCAUCAGAGACACACUGAAGCUGAAUCUGAACGUUGGCGAACAGAAAACACCGGGAGGAAGCAUCAGAAUUCCAGAUACUUCAGUGUUUCUGAAGAAGCCCAACACUCCACUCGUACCGGAACCCAGUGGAGACUUGACGCAAUUGUGGUCUGUUCAGCGCAAUGCAGAUGCAGCCACGUCUUUGAUACCCGAGAAAAGCACUCCGAAUCGUGAUUCGCCAUCGGCAUCGGAUGUUCGCAAUUACUUCUAUCAGACACUCCUGGGUGAGAAUCACUACGAAGCAGCCAAGAGAUUGGAGACUCAAAGUCAAUCCCAGAGUCAGACGCCGGUGGAGAGAGGCAUAGCUAGUGGUGAAGAGAUGGAGUCAGUGAGGAAGCUCAAAGAGUUUCUGGAAAACAAUAUGUCUUCCUCACACAGACGACUGAUCUUCGCGGAGAACAGUGAACCCUGCACAGAACCACCAUGCACAGGCCCUCAAGGAGGUUCUGAGCAACUCGUCGGCUGGGUGGAUCCCUCUGAAUAUCAGCCAUUCAGAAAUCCAGACAUGGAGGAAUCUGUCAAAGAGUACAACUUCCACAUAUGUGGCAUUACGAAGAAGGCAGAAAUUAUGCAGAUGAUCGAGAAACUAGGAGGAAAAGUGCUCAUAUCAGAGACCUUCGAUCCCACAUGCACUCACGUUGUAUUUGGGAAUCUCAAUAGAGGCGAGAAGGUUCUCUGUGCCGUGGCAACUGGAAAGUGGCUCUUGAAUACGAAAUAUCUCCAGGACAGCACUAAGGCCGGUCACUUCCUACCCGAGGAAGACUACGAAGUGGGAAAUGAUGAACUGCAGUACUGUUCGCAAUUGAAAGAAAUUGAGAAGCCUCUGGCUCAGGCAUGCUUUCGGUGGCGACAGCGAAUUAAGCGGGCAGGAAAUGCCAUCGAAGGACCGUUUAAGAACAUGAGAUGCCUGUUGUUGAUUGGCAACAUGACUGAUCCAAUUUCGAGGCUGAUCACUGCUGGAUGCGGGACCAUUGUCCGUGUGGAUCCACCAUACAGCACAAAGGCCGAAGCGAAAUCACUGACUCACGUACUCGUUAAUACGAAGGAUCACAAUAUUUCAAGGGCAGACGUGCGAUUUUUCAAAAGCAAACACAUCCCAAUUGUCUCGGUUCGGUUAGUCAACGCUCAACUCUGCGAUGAAAUUGCUCCAAAUCUCAACGAUUUCCUCAUAUAAUAAUCACAACUUCAUUUAAUG